GCCCGCGACUUCCUGCUGUGUGCUGGAUGGUGUUUGCCAGAGGACGAGCUGGAUGAUGCCCUGGCAUCCGUCCUGUCAAAGAGUUCGCUACCCGCGGAUGCUCAUUUCUCUUAUGACCAGCUGACCGCUGCGCUGAGGUUCCUCAAGAAGGGGAAAGACAACAUCAGCGUUGGCGCGUUGGCAGAUGCCUUCCUUUCCGUCACACCCGAGGAGGGCUUCGACAUGCAUCGCCUCCGCGAGGUUGUUUGUGCUGGAAAGCAUCCAGCGCUGUCUGCCAAUGAGCUUGACGAAGU